CGCACGGUAUUGGCGUGCAGUUUUGCAGACCUAACGACAGAUGGCAGGAACGUUGUUAUCGUAUUUCAUAGAUUUCAUAGAGGAAAUGUGAUUCAUGAUUCACUUGGGAGGCGUAUUUCUGUUUCAGCCGGGCCGGUUUGUCAGUUCGUGCCAGUCGCCUCAGUCCUGUCGACGGAGUCACCGAGUCACUGCCGCUUCGAUCAGUCCCUGAAGUUUUACUCGAGUGAUCAGAAGCAAACCAAGCAACAAUGGCCCCCUCCCAGGUACCGGAUCAGCUUUCAAGAGUAUUCAGCGUGGUUGACAAGAACCAGGGCAAGAUGAUUGAGGUCCUUCGCGAAGCAGUCGCCAUUAAGAGCGUUUCUGGCUGGCCUGAGGUCCGGGGAGAGGUGGUUCGGAUGAUCCAGUGGAUGAAGGAGAAGCUGGAAAAGGAAGGAGCCACCUGCGAGUUGAAGGACCUGGGGAUGCAGACGUUUCAUGACGGGACCACCCUCGCGCUGCCACCCGUCCUAAUUGGCCGGCUCGGCAGCGACCCAAAGAAGAAGACUAUAUGCGUCUACGGCCACCUCGACGUCCAGCCGGCGCUGAAGGACGAUGGCUGGGAUACGGAGCCCUUCGAACUGGUGGAGAAGGACGGGAAGCUUUACGGCCGAGGCUCUUCGGACGACAAGGGCCCGGUGCUUGGCUGGCUCCACGCCAUCCAGUCCUACAAGGAGGCCAAGGUGGAGCUCCCGGUUAACCUCAAGUUUGUCUUUGAGGGCAUGGAGGAAUCCGGUUCAGUUGGCCUGGACGAGCUCUUGUUCAGCAUGAAGGGCGGAGAGUUCUUCAAGGACGUCGACUAUGUCUGCGUUUCCGACAACUACUGGCUGGGCAAAGACAAGCCAUGCCUCACCUACGGACUCAGAGGCCUGUGCUACUUCGGCGUGGAGAUUGAAUGCGCCAGCAAGGAUCUCCAUUCCGGCGUCUUCGGCGGCUCGGUACACGAAUGCAUGGCCGACCUGGUUUACAUUAUGGGUCAGCUGGCCGACAAGAGUGGCAAGAUUCUCAUUCCCGGAAUCAUGGACGACGUUGCACCUGUCACGGACAAGGAACGUCAACUCUACAAGGAGAUCGACUUUGAUAUGAAAGAGUAUUGCAGUGAUAUUGGUGCAACUUGUCUGCUCCACGAGACCAAGGAGGACAUCUUGAUGCACCGCUGGAGGUUCCCUUCUUUGUCUCUUCACGGUGUGGAAGGCGCAUUUUACGGAUCCGGGGAGAAGACCGUGAUCCCACGCAAAGUGACGGGCAAGUUCUCGAUUCGCAUAGUGCCGAACCAGGAGCCCCACAAGGUGGAGAAGGUGGUCAAAGACUACCUGGAUGUACUAUGGAAGCAACGCAACAGUCCCAACACCAUGAGGUGCUACAUGGCAAGCGGAGGUCGCUGGUGGGUCAGCGACCCUUUCCACCCCCACUUCCUGGCCGGAAAGGCAGCCACAAAGCACGUGUACGGCGUGGAGCCCGACAUGACGCGAGAAGGAGGGAGCAUUCCCGUGACCCUGACCCUCCAGGAGGUGACUGGCAAGAACGUGAUGCUUCUGCCCAUGGGGGCCAGUGACGACGGGGCCCACUCGCAGAACGAGAAGAUCGAUAAGCGCAACUACAUCGAAGGGACCAAGUUGCUGGCGGCUUACCUGUACGAAGUGGCGCUGUUGAAGUGAAGUUGGGUCUGCGCUUGUUUGCAGCCGUCGAAUUGCGGCACUCAUUUACAGCCGGCGUCGAGUCUAUUUUUUACUCGAGGAUUAUAUUUUAUAGGGUUUUGGUGCAUGUGUCACAUGUAGUCGGGUUCUACAUUGUAUUUUUUUAUAAUUGACACUUCUGCGCAUGCCUUGGCUAGGCAAAUUAAAAUGAUUCUCAUACAGUU